GGCCACCUCUAUAAAUAGUUGCAUAGCAGCAACAGUUGAUUUCACCAUUACGAUACAGUGCUCACAUUGCUCUCGAAAUCUCUACUUUAAAGAAGCAAGCCUUCCUUCUCGCGCCUUCCACAGAGAAAAAAGUUGGGUCAUGGCAGAGAAGGAUUGCACGGUGACGGAGUUGUCUCCGGCGAACCCAGAGACAGAAACAGAGUCUCCAGAGAGUGGAGCUGUGCUCGAGAUGGCGAGGGCCGGCAAUAUGACAGACCAGAGCUUCGCCGGAGCCGCCACCGGAGAAGGGGUUUUGGAUUCCGGCGCUGGAGGACCAGUCGGAAGUUUGGGCACCGCGAAGAGAAAGAGGGGGAGGCCUAGAAAGUACGACAACGAGGUGAACGCGGGGGCGGCGGCGGCGGCGGUUCCGAUGUUCUCUGGCGUUUCCGCUACCCCUGUGGAAGCCUCUCCGAAGAGGGGUAGAGGGCGGCCGAAGGGUUCUGGCAAAUUGCAAGUUUUGGCUUCUGCCGGUGUGGUCUUUAGCAAUACAGCUGGGGGAAGCUUCACCCCUUAUGUGGAAACUGUGCAUGCUGGGGAGGAUGUUGUUGGAAAGAUAUUAUCUUUUUCUCAAAAAAGUUCUCGAGCAAUGUGUGUUCUUUCUGCUACUGGCACUGUUUCCAGUGUUAUUAUUCGCCAACCUGGUUCUUCCAGCGGCACUUUGAGAUAUGAGGGCCGCUUCGAGAUCUUAUCUCUAUCUGGAUCAUAUGCGUUUGGUGAAUCUGCAGGUGCACGCCGCAAAAUUGGCAUGCUCAGUGUUUCCCUAGCCAAACCCGAUGGACGGGUUUUUGGUGGUGCUGUUGCAGGUUCACUAAUAGCAGCUGGUCCAAUACAACUGGUAGUUGGAAGUUUCAAGCAAAGUGCUAAGAAGGAACUCCAACGGAAGCGGUCCGCAGAAUCUUCAAUGGCUGCAGGUGCCCCAGGGAAUUCUGAUAUGGCAAGAGUUCCAGAACCAGCAGCCAGAAUGGUGGAUGGUGAGGAGAACUGUGUGACGACGCCAACAUCAGAGCUGUCAGAACCCAACAAUGGAGGGGCAAGUAACGUCAUCAAUGGUGACCAGAAUGUGAACUUUGCUUCUCUUGACAGUGUCUGUUGGAACACCUCACAGCCCUCACAGCCCACACAGCCCCUGUCAGAACAAAUGACAUCUCCUGAGAUCAAUGCCAGUGUCCCUGAGAAGUAGGGUUUUUCUCUAUAUCUCUCUUUGAGGUGGACAACGGAGACCGAAAAGAGACCCAGGCAGGGCUGGUUGCAGUUAAUUUAAACACCAGUUGUAGCAGCAAGAGUUUUCACCAUAACUAGCUCUACUAUGUAUUUGUUUUGGUUUUUUGUUCUAGUUGUUUAUACAUGUCUUAUUUGUUUAGACGAAGAGAACCCAGGUGGGUUAUGUCAACAGCAUGAAAUUUUGCUUCCAGCUGAAAAUUGGUCAAGCUAAAGGUUCAGCUCCAUCAGAAAUGGUAGAUGUCAGAUCCAUCUGUAUAAUGGUGUGUGGCAAUGCGUGAAUGAGCAUUCGGUUUGUUGGUCUCA